AUAUACCACUUCCUGUUCACUUGCCAACAGAGCACCGUGAGUGUGGACUUCGCAGAAUCCUUGCUGGUGAAAAUCAGUGCUUUGCACUUUGGUCUGCUGUUCAGAGAAAUAACUCAGCUUUUUUCAUCAGCUUCCUGUAUUAACGGGAGCUUUCUCAGGCAGAGCCAUGACAGGUUUUGCCGAACCAGAUCCAAAACUUCUAGCCUGGACUUAUCUCUUGUACGUCAGACAUUUGAAAAGCUUGCAAGAAACAAGGAAGUCUUGAAUCAGGUUUUAUCCGUGGUUCUGAAGCAUCUGCUGCCAUCUCUGAGCCCAGUGGCUGCUGAUGUGGAAGGGCUGUGGGUCUACCUGAUCCUGCCUGAGCUCAUCAGGGUUCUGCCCACACAGAACACCAGGGACCUCAGCCUUGCCUUUGCCAAAGCCGUUCUACCCCAUGUAGAUAUGCAGGCCUUAUGGUCGGAGCUUCCUGUUAUCUUCUUCAAGAGCCUUGUUAAGAUCUUUCGCUCAGUGUUGUCAGCCUUCCUGCGUGAGAUGCGGACUGAGUGCACAGAUGACUCAGACUGGAAACUGAAACUGGAGAAUACCGCGAUCCUUCUGCACAGGCUCUAUGAGGUUAACCUCAGAUCCGGUACAAAAAUAGAAGAUAGUAACUUUUACAACAGUGAGAUUAAACUCUGCCUUCGUGAUCUGCGGUUACUCAGAAAGAAAAAACUAUUCAUGAAAAUCCUAAAUCUUCUGUCACAGUAUCCUGAAUUCUUUGACAUGGAGUCUAAAUACACAAUAUUUAAAAUUAACUUCAUCAUUUUUGUGAGAGAAGCUUCUGUAAACCCAUUCGAGCAGAACUCCCUGCACGUAAACAGGAAGUCGCUGCUGGCCGACACACUCCACCUUCUCCGCAACGUCUCCCGGAACUUCUGUUUGCCUUUGCAGGUGAAGUUUUACGAAGAGUACGGUAUCGAUCAUGGAGGUGUUUCUCAAGAAUUCUUCUCCAUACUCGCAAGGGAAUUUCACUCAAUGAGGCCGAACUUGUUUGAAUCCUUUGAACACUCCAGUCCUGUUUGGUUCAUCUCAAAGGUCCAGUGUGACCCAGACUUGUUCUGGUGGCUCGGCGUUCUCUGUGGCAUGGCCUUGUACAACUUCUGCAUCGUCAACUUCCAUUUCCCCCUGGUGCUGUUUAAGAAGCUACUGGGCCACAAGCCCACGCUGAAGGACCUAGAAGAGCUUUCUCCAGUAGAAGCCAGGAGUUUGAACAACGUCCUGAAAGAAGAGGAGGACCUUGUAGAUCAGUUGGACCUGGACUUCACAGCAAAAGGACAUGAAUUAGUUCCAAAUGGACGAGAGAAGCUUGUUACCAAAUUCAACAGAUGUGAAUACGUAGAUGCCUACGUCAAUUAUGUAUUCAACGUUUCAGUCGAGCAACAGUUCAGCGCAUUUUCGAAAGGAUUUUCCUGCGGCUGUCCGAAUGAAAAAUGGAAAAUGUUUGUCCCAGAGGAGCUUCUUGCAGUUUUCACUGGAAAUGUCAACUACGAAUGGGAGAAGCUGCAGAAGAACGCCACAUAUGAGGGCUACAAUGCUGACCACGAGAACAUCCAGCGUUUCUGGAGCGUUUUUGCAGAACUCUCAGAACAACAGAAGAAGAACUUCUUGUCCUUCAUGACCGGAAGUGACCGACUGCCAGUGGGAGGGCUCUCCACAGUCUGUCUGAAAAUUAUCAAGGCGAACAAAGAGGGCCCAGAUGACUACUACCCUGUGGCCAACACCUGCUACUGCGUGUUACAUCUCCCCAACUACAGCAACAUGGAGACCCUGAGGGAGAAGCUCCUGCACGCUAUUCAGUUCUACGAAGAGUUCGGAGAGCGAUAGAUGGCCGAGAAGCGGACACAUGUCUGUUGGAGGGUGUGUGAGUGUGAGAGACAGUGAGUGAGAUUGUGUGAGAAUGUGUGAGAAUGUGUGAGUGUGAAUGAGUGAAUUAGGGAGUGAGUGUGUUUGUGAGUAUUUGUGAGUGAGUGAGUGAGUGGUUAAGGAAUAACUACUGUUAUUGGUCAGACUCAUCUGUACGCUCUCAUGUGCCUUAUCUGACACAAUUAAUAAGAAAUUUAAUUAGAAGGGAUAAUAUGUAGAUAAUGUAUUGAUAAAAGAAUUUAUUCUGUUUGAGGAGGCAGUGAGAGAGUCACAAAAAAGGGCAAACUAUGAGUUUACAUGUCAUAUAUUGUUAUAUAUUGAUGCUGCCAAAUUCACUAUGAGUUUAGGUAAAGAAAAAAUUAAAUACUGGAGAGCAGUCAGAUCAGCAUCUGCUUGAGCUGUUGUCCUGUCUCACAGUGAAAACAGGCAUUUAGCCACAUUUGAAUUAUUUCUAAAUCCUUAUACUUUUAUUGCUUUAUUUGCUAUUUAAGCCCCAUUGAUGUACUGC